AUGUCCGAGGGCAUCUUGCCUUGUGACGAUCUGAGUUCAAUGGUCCUAGCUCCUUCUGGCUGCACGUCAUUCGCCACUCCCUCCUUUUGCCAACGAGCCAUCUGGCUGGUGGGAAAGUCCCAGUGGAGGAGCAGGCGCAGGGGGGGUCACUAG